AUGACCGGUGUUUGGGCACCACGCCCUUCCCAAGGUCCUCACAAGCUUCGUGAGUGUCUUCCCAUGUGCGUCAUCCUUCGUGACCGUCUAAAGUACGCUUUGACCGGAAAGGAAUGCCAACAAAUCUGCAUGGAACGUUGCGUCAAGGUCGAUGGAAAGGUCCGAACUGACCCCAACUACCCUGCUGGUUUCAUGGAUGUCAUUGAGCUUGAAAAAGCCAACGACCGCUUCCGUCUCUUGUUCGACAUUAAGGGACGAUAUGUCCUUCACCGUGUUGACAGAGAAGAAGCCCAAUACAAGCUUUGCAGAGUCAACAAGGUCUUUGUUGGACCCAACAAGGUUCCAUGCAUUGUCACCCACGAUGGACGCACCAUCCGAUACCCUGACCCUGAUGUCAAGGUCAACGAUAGUGUCAAGGUCUCCAUUGCCACUGGAAAGAUGAGCGACAUUUACAGCUUUGAUCUUGGUGCCUUGGUUAUGAUCACCAAGGGACACAAUUGUGGACGUGUUGGAACUUUGAUGCACAUUGAGAAGCACGAGGGAUCCUUUGCUAUUGUCACCAUCAAGGAUUCCAAAGGAAACGCUUUCGCAACCCGAUUGGGAAAUAUGUUCGUCAUUGGAUCUGGACAAAAGCCAUCCGUCACUCUUCCUAAGGGACGUGGUAUCAAGAAGACCAUCCUUGAAGAGCGUGGUGAAGCUGAAGCCGCUGGACGUCUUUAA